CCACAAAUGUAAAAGAAAACAUAUGCAAUUAAAACUUCAAAGUCGUCAAUAAUGGCUGAAAUAUAUUCUUCGGAAAUAUUACGCGUUGUUAUAGCUCAAAUAGCUCAAACUAUUGGAUAUAGCAAUACUCAAAGUGCGCCUUUGGAAUUGCUAGAAGACAUUUUGCUGAGGUUUAUACAGGAAUUGGCUCGCGAUCUUCACAGUCAAGCCGAACACGCAAAUCGCGUUGAGCCCAAUCUAAAGGAUGUUCAGCUGAGCCUGAAGAAUCUAAGCACGGAUGUCCACGAAUUACUCAACUAUAUUGGAAAUGUUGAGCCAGCCUUCGUCAGAGAAGUUCCCGAAUAUCCAGUGAAGAGAAACUCGAAUUUGAAUUUCCUUAAACCCGGCAGUGCCGAAACUCUAACGCGACCAGUUCACAUCUUCGAAUACCUGCCACCAAUUCUACCCACAGACACGGAUGCGGCCAACUCGACUGCCAGAGGCGCUAACCAAUCGGAUCUGAGCAACGAUCAGAGUGAAGAUGUAAUGACCGAUUACGGCGACAGCAUAAAACCCUUGUCAUUGAGCACAACGUCCAGAGAUCACGUCGCCGAUCCCGAUGGACAUGCGGUACGGGAAAUCAGUAGCGUUGUCAUGACAACUGGAGGAUUCAUCUCGCCGGCUAUAGAGGAAAACUGCCUGAAGCUUUCGUACCAGAUAUUAUUGGUAGCGAUUCUUGAAACUGUAGUUGCAAACAAUAAAAAAUGGAAAGGACUCGAUGCACCGCCUGCAUCACCGCCACCUGCAAUGGAACCCGAGAUCCCAUUGCCCACUGAAGCGUUCUUAGUGGACUCACCAAAUGCAGCAACAAGAGUAUCUUUGUCUUUGGAGACCAAGACACGGACAAGCGAGCAACGUUCAUUUAAUGAAAUAUCCACCUCAAGUUUUAAGAAUGAGAUGAAUAAUGUUUUGGAAGCAAGUAGUCCAGUUGGGACACUCCCUAGCCAAAGUAAACCUACAAAGAAGAGUAAAAAGAAGCAUUUAAUUGGUGGAUUUCAAAGUGAACAUAGCACGGAUCUGAAUGCUAGUAAAGCUCAAGAGAAAGCACACCGCAAAGCACUGAGAAUGUUCCAAAAAAUGUCAAAAAAUCAGGCAGAUAGCGACGGCAGCAGUAAGGGAAGCAACAACAUGUUGAAUCUUAAGAAAUCCAUGAAGAAUCUAAAUCGCGGAAUGUUGUCGUCAUUGCCGGACAAGUCAACGGAGCGGGCGCAACUCGAGAAACUGAUUAAAAAGCAAACAAAGCAGCGACAAAAGCAACUAAAGAGUCAAAAACAACAGCAGCAACAGCAGAGUCAGUUGCAAACGAUGACCAAGUCCACUGGUGCUGAAGGAUUUGCUGCAUUUGGUCUCACUCAAACCAUUCCAUUGGCUCCCAUUGGUUCAAUGACAAAUGUCCUUCAACCAGUUGCAGUUCCCGUUGCGACUCCAUUAGUUGGAGUAGCUAAUAAUUAUACAUUUGGCAGUCCGUCUCUUGUUCCAUCAACGAUUAUCGAAAAGAAAGAGAAAUUCUCGCCAGAUGUAAAGGCAACGCCAAAUGAGUCCUUCUUGGACGAGAUCAAACUAGCCAGCGAACCGGACCGCAAUAAAUUGAAUAUUUUCAAAAAACUGUCAAAGCCAAAGGCAACAACGACGACAACGCCGACGUCGACGUCUAAGGUCCCAUCACCAAUGGGACAACUGAAUAUUGCGACAAAUUUGUUUGGAAAUGCUUCGCCAUUGAUAAGCCUACCAUCUGGGACAACAAUAACGCCAGCUCCAGCCUUGAAUGCCGUCGAUAAUGUAUCAGUAUCUGUACACGAGCACAACCAAUUGGUGGACGGAAUCUUGCAACACCAGAAAUCAAGCAUAAUUCAACCAAUGAACCUGCAGCAACAAUUCGAAAGCUUACAUCCCUAUUCGAUGAUCACUAACAACUCUUCACCAUCGCCGAAAAAGAUAACAAAGGGUGUGCAACCGAUUAAAAUUAACCAACUUGAAAGCAAUACAUCGUCAUCAGCAUCUCACCCAGCAACAUCGUCAUCAUUUAAUAUAAAUUUCAUGGGAAAUGAUAAAUUUAGCUUGGCCGGUGGCGCUGAUCUAAUACCCUUAUCAUGUGUCGACAGUGGCUUGGCAUACUCCUCAAAAACAGUGCCUGUCACAAGUUUGGCGGCAGGUGCAACAUCGGAAUCCUCGGCUCCGGCUGCCAAGACAGAUGCUGAACACAAUUUUCUAUCGAAUUUCGUUGGGUCAGCUAAUUAUGAUGAUAUUACGAUAACACCAACGAAAACUUUAAAUGACCUUAAACUCCACAAACUGCACAAAAAAUCGAAGAAACUAAAGGAGGGAAAAAUCAAAAAGAAAAAAGACAAAAAGGACAAAACAAAGAGUAAAGAAAAGCAUGAUGAAAAGAAUUGGCUCAAAAUAGAUAAACCCAAAGGUCUGGAUAAAAAGCAGAAAAAGGAAAAGAAAAAGGAUAAACUGCAGGUACCGCCAGAUGUGUCACAACUGUCGAAAGAUAAUAUCGAGAGCAGUGUGCAACAUACUAAAGAUAUCGCUCCAAGCUCAGGACUCGGUCCCGUUGCAGUAACAGUUACAGAUACGUUUCAGACAUCAGCUCCAUCAGAAACAACAUCAGGAGCAGCAGCAGCAGGGGAACAUUGUGGAAAGUCAACUCCCAUUCCUCCCAACUCACCAAUCGGAGGCGAUAAUGAUGCAUUAAUAACAACAACGGCAACAGCUUUGACUCCAACACAGACAAAGAGGGAACAGUCGCCGGAAUUGGCUCGAUUCUCGCCGCUUGUCACCGGACCGCCAAAACCCAAACAAUGUAGGAACUCGACAUAUAUUGAGAUGGGCGAAACACAAACUCUAGGUUCUAUGGCUGCAUCUGUUUCAGCAUUGAUUUCAGCACCUUCUAUCGUACAGGCAAUGCCAAAUUUGCUAUCGAAUGCCCAUGCCACAGGAGGAUCAGGAUCAGGAUCAGGUGCAGCUUCAAACAGCUGGAUGACAGCAGCUGGAGCUGGAGCUGGAGCUACAGGUGCUUCUUCAUCUUCGUCUGCUUCCGCAACACUGUCAGCGAGUUCAGUUUUAUUGCCCCAACAAUUGCUGCAGGCAUCACAGCCUAUUCCCAAAAUGCCACUGACGUCCUUGUCUACAUCAACCAAUCCGAGUCAGCAAUCAGUAUCACCCAUGAAAACAGAAGGAUCUUCAGUAUUGCCCCAAAGUGCGGAAUCAAAUCGACCAUCAUCAUAUGUUGAUGCCGAGGGCUAUCGAAUUUGGAUUUGCCCAGCAUGUGGUAAAGUUGACGACGGUUCCCCAAUGAUUGGAUGCGAUGGCUGUGAUGCUUGGUACCAUUGGAUAUGUGUGGGCAUACUUGUUGCACCGAACGAUAAUGAGGAUUGGUUUUGUCGCGUCUGUAUAACAAAGAAAAAAGUUCACGGAUCCGAAAAGAAAAAGAAACGCAACAAAAAGAAAUAAUUUAACAAUUUAUGUAUAUUAAUUAAUAUAUAUU